UAAAUCUAGUUAAACAAUAUUAGGUUUAAUGUGCAUUAUUUAAAAAAUGUAUUGUAAAAGAAAUAUCUAUUAGUCGAUUUUCUAACAUAUUCCAAAAAUAGAAACAAAUAGAAAUAAUUUCCUUCGGGGUUUUGCUUUACUACCCGUUGGUCACAUCAACUGACCACUGUUUUACAUACAUUGGCCUGCAAUCUUAAAAAAAAUUAAUGAGAAAUAUUCAGUCAAAAGUAAUAAUAAAAACAAUAAAAACAAUAAAAACAAUAAAAACAAUAAAUAUUAUUUUUUAACAUUGCAAUUCAAUUGGACUUUUCCCAUCUUAAAAAUCCCAUUGCAUCACACCAUUAUGCAAGAUCAUCACCUCCCACCCUCUUUUGACCCCUGGCCAGUCGUUUUGAAAUCCAUACAUAAGCACCAACCCGAUCAGUUCUUUUGUGAUUUGUUCCCUAAGACCCCCAACUUAGAAGUGAUACCCUAACUAUCAUUCUACUAAGGGCGUCGGAAAAGCAUGACCCACCACCAGGAACAUAGUCUAGUCCGUAGUAGUAAACAAAAACCCAGAAGAAAAUUAUCAAAUUAAAGUUAAUUUUGUUUAAAGCCGUUAAAAAAUUGUGGGACGAAAUCAAAAAUAUAUGGGACGCGUUCAAAAGAUUGUGGGACGAAUUAAAAAAUAUCUGGAACGCGUUCAAAAAACCUUGGGAACGUGUCAAAAAUUGAGAGAUACCUUGUAAUGAGAAACAAACAAAUUUUUAAAUGUCGAAAAUUAUGUUAGAGAAAGUGAAAUUAUCCCAUAAAGUUUGUUGGUGAGACAAAGCAGGUGUUCUGCAUAUAGGGUGAAAUUGAUAAGGAGAAAGCUACUAUGAACUACUUCCAUAUGGCAGAAGAGAUUUUUGUAACCUUCUGACCGAUGAACAAAGGUAAAAACAAACCAUCACACCACUAAUUAUUCGUUGUUGGAUAAAAUUUUGUAACAUGUACGAGUACAUUUACAUCACUUCAAUGUAAUCUGGGUUGGGUACAUGUCGCACCAGCGCACUGGACCGUAAUGAGUAUUUUUAAUGAGAUACCGAUGCUAUCCAGCUUCCGGGUUUGCUCGAGUGUCUGUCAUACAGCGCGCGCUACAUUUUCUAGCGACCAGUAGCAAUGGAACUACUGAUGGAGUACUCACGGAUAUUGGUGCUGUUGCUGUUACCUCCGACGUAUUCGAUUGUCACACCGUACCACCCUGUUCCGGAGUGUGCUGCAGAUGCGCCAUUUAUCGUACCCAACUUUAAGGCAAAUUGGUUCAAGGCGGUAGAGUAUUGCCACUAUUUGGGACGGUCGCUGGUAACGGUAGACACGGAACAGAAGCAGCUAGCCAUCGACCGACUGUUGGACGAUGCGGGCCACUAUCCGCGCGAUCAGUCCUACUGGUGCGGUGCGAACGAUCUGGCGGACGGGGACAACUUCCACUGGCAUCUGACGGGCCGGCCCAUCGCCAUCGGGUGGACCAAUUGGCGCGACGAGCUACACCGCCGCGAGCAGGCGGCCGAGAUGGAUGCGUUCAAGGUCCGGUGCGUUUCGAUGUCACGCACUGCCGACGAUGUUGAGGAGUUGCAGCAACAGCAGGAGCUACCGUCACCACCACCAUCACCAUCCUUCUCGUGGAUCUGGACGGUGUCCAACUGCUGGAAGGAGCUGUACUUUAUCUGCGAACGUGCCGGCGGUAUAUCGGGCUGCCGAUGAACCGAGUGUCCCCGAAGUCCCCGGGGUCUGCCGAGAUUGGCCUACUUUGGACACCGUUUUAUCCUACGCACGCACACACUCCUACAUCGCACCUUCCAUAAUCUUAAUGAAUUCAUCUAAUUAAUACACACACGUUUUUGGGUAUAUUUAUACGAAUCCCUCCGGCGUCACUCAGCGUGCGGGUGACCGCCACCACGUUUCUGCUGGUACUUUUGCGUUUUCGGUACCAUCGUUCUGCUUAUUGUCGCAACGCACGCAAUCGACUAGUUUGCCAUUUCUGUCCAAUUUUUUUUUUGUCUUUCUCUCCACUGCCACACACACACACACAACAUCUCCAUUCCAGUGCCAGUGCGGGUGUAGGCGAGAGAAUGUUGCGUGCCGAAACUGCUCUGGUUCUGGUGGUUGGUUUUUUUGGUGACGGCAUUUCGGAGGGACUAGGUACAAAACAUAUAACGCACCGUUCCCAUAUAUCGUUAUAUACUUAUAUACAACAAGAAGAAGAAAAAAUAUACCAAGAAUGCUAAAACUUGCA